AUGCAUACAAAAAAUAUGGAACGUGCAACAUUUAAAAUUGAAAUUCCAUUUACUGAUCAUGCACAUUGUAUUGGACGACAAGGAAAUCAAAUACAAAGUAUUAUGUUAGCAACAGAUACACAUAUUCAUUUUCCUGAUGGUAAUCGUGAACCAAAUGGAACAAAAUCUAAUCAAGUAUCAAUAACAGGUACAAUAACAUCUAUUGAACAAGCUCGAAAACGUAUUCGAGAUAUUUUACCAAUGUCAUUAAAAUUUCUUAUAUCACCAAGAGAAUUAAUUCAUAUUAUCAAUGAUGAUUAUCCAUUAUUUAAAUAUGUUCGAAAACGUUAUGGUGUUAUAGUAUUACCACGUCCAUAUGCAAAAACUGGUGAUGUUUAUUGUAUUGUUCGUGGACUUAUUAAUCAACCAGAAUUAGCAGAAGCAACUGAAUAUUUAAUUCAAGCAUUUUAUGGUUUUGAAUCAUCAUUAAUUAAAGUAACAUGUCAAACAGAAGUUAGUGAACAAUAUCAUGGUUAUUUACAAACACGUCAACAAUCAAAAGAUAUGUGUAUAGCAGCUAUUGAACAAUAUACACAUGCUACAAUACAAUUUCCAACAACAAUAAUAAAUACAAAUGGAUAUGGACGACGAACAUCAGUUAUAAUUAGUGGAUCUCCAACACAAGUUUGUCAAGCAAGAAAAUUAUUUGAUUUAUGUUUACCAAUUAUUUUGACUUUUGAAGUACCAAUUGAUAAAGAACCAACACGUGCUGAUAUUGCUCAUAUAAAAGAUAAACUUAAUAUAACAACGAUUCUUCGAACACGUAAAGAUAAAAUUGGAAAAUUAGUAAUUGUUCAAUCACAAGAAUACAACACUGAUCAAUUAUUUCGUGCACGUUCAAUUAUUCUUGGUUUACCAGAAAUAAAUAAUAAUAUUUUACCAAUAUCAUCGAUUAAUAAUAAUAAUAAUAAAAAUACUUUAUUCGAUCUAAAUUUAUCAUCGACAAUAUUUUCUGAUCUUUCUAUGCCAGCUUCAUCUAUUGCGUCUUCUUCUGUGACAACAAUACCAACUAAUCGUUUACCAGAUAGUAUAUUAAUUCCAAUUGAACCUUACUAUACAUCAUCAACACAACAAAUUGAUACAUUAAUUGUACCAUUAAAUAAAGCGAAUACAACAAAAAAACCAUCACCCAUUGGUCAUGAACGUUUCUCAUUACGAAAUCUUGAUCAAGAUGCAAUCAUUUGUUCAACAAAUAAUGAUCAAUUUUCAUCUUCAUCGAUUUUUGAUGCAUCAAAACAUCAAAUUAAGUCAAUUAACAAUCCUUUAAUUACUCCAUUAUCUCAAAAUAAUUGUUCGACUAAAUUAUUUACAUUACUUCGUUCAAUAAAUUUAGAAAAAUAUUGGUCAACAUUUGAACAUAAUGAGAUUACGCCUUGGCCAGUAUCUCUCGACAUCAAUAACUAUGAUAACUUUAUUAAUCAUUCAACAUCUUUCGACUUGAAUACUUCAUUACCAUAUUUUAUCGACGAUGUAAACAAUAAUAUCGCUUAUUUACCAUCAUGUUCGCUUUUGUCUAUUUAA